GGGAAGAGGCAAUAGCCAACAACUGCAGCGCGUUGGUCUUUGGAAGACAUCUGCUAGGGAGAGAAGAACCCUGGCCGGGGCUAUUGACUCUCCCGUCAAGAGACUAAGGCACCCGUCUAAAGAGAAAAACAAACCAACAAACACAUUUCUUGGAAAGUGACUACCAUGGGCUGCAGCAGGAAUCCCAGUUCUGACCGACAUCGCUCUAAGGAGUUCCAUCAUACUCUCACAGUAUAAAAAACAAACAAAAAAAAACCCAAAUCCUUUUUCAUCAUUGGGCUGCCCACCCUUUCCGUCACAAUUUUCUCCCUCCCCACUCCCUUCCUGUCAUCACAGUGGGUUGGAGAGCACCAGAUUGGGCAUAAUUUCCUUAGGGACCUUGCCAAGCCAUGGCAUGUCAGGGCUGCUGCUGCUGCUGGAGUGCUGGGCACCUGAACCAAGACAAUGCCAGAUUCUUGCUACUGGCUGUCUUGAUUAUCCUAUACAUGGUGUGCGGGGCGGCUGUCUUCUCUGCGAUUGAGAGAGCUCAGGAGUGCAGGACAAAGGAGCAGUGGGAGGAGAAGUUACUCAACUUUAGCCUGACUCACAAUCUGAGUUUCGAUGAACUUCGAGGUUUUCUCCAGGAUUAUGAGGAUGCUAAGGCUGCUGGAAUCCGAAUUGGUGACAGCCGGCCCCGGUGGGACUUUACUGGUGCUUUCUAUUUUGUAGGUACUGUGGUGUCCACUAUAGGUUUUGGCAUGACGACACCGGCAACUGUUGGAGGCAAAAUUUUUCUGAUAUUUUAUGGUCUCAUUGGAUGUGCUGGCACCAUUUUAUUCUUCAACCUCUUCUUAGAGCGUCUGAUUACAGUCAUCGCUUACAUCAUGAAAUCAUGCCAUGAGAGGCAGCUCAGAAAGAAGGGGAGUUUGCAAUCUGAUAACCAAAGAGGCUCUGGAACCUCAGAGGCUGACAGCAUGGUGGGGUGGAAGCCCUCGGUGUAUAACGUCAUGCUGAUCCUAUGCAUGGCCUCCAUCAUAAUUUCCUGCUGUGCCUCCGCCAUGUACACACCCAUUGAAGGUUGGAGCUUUUUUGAUUCUCUUUAUUUCUGCUUUGUGGCCUUCAGCACCAUUGGCUUUGGUGACCUUGUCAGUAGCCAGAAUGCCCAGUACGAGAGCCAAGGGCUCUAUCGUUUUGGCAACUUCGUCUUCAUCCUCAUGGGCGUCUGCUGCAUUUAUUCCUUGUUCAAUGUGAUCUCCAUCCUCAUCAAGCAGUCCAUCAACUGGAUCUUGAAAAAAAUAGAAUUCCACUGUUGCCAGUGCCAAAGAAAAGCCUUACUCUUACGGAGAAAUGUAGUAACUCCCAGCAAUGUGCGGAGUGGGCAAGAAAUCUCCAUUGAGACAGAUGGUGUGAUCGAGAGUGAAACGGAUGGGCGUCGUCUCUCUGGAGAGAUGAUCUCCAUGAAGGACUUCUUGGCAUCCAACAAGGUCUCACUAGCCAUAUUGCAGAAGCAGCUGUCAGAGACGGCCAAUGGAUGUCCUCGACAGGCCAAUGUGUCAGCCCGACACAAGGGAUUUUCAGGGGGGGUGGGAGCCCUGGCAAUUAUGAACAACAGGCUGGCAGAAACAAGCGGAGACAGAUAGAGAGACGCUCCGGACACUGGAAGCCCAGUAGAGGACAAUAGACAGAAGGAGCUGUCAUCAAAGAGACCAAGAGAGCAGAGCAGGACUGUCUGCCCUUAGAGGCCUCAGCAAUAGCUCCCUAACAUUGGUCACAGUUUGGCAUCAUCUACGGUCUUGGCCCUUGGCAGAACUUUGUUCCCCCAAACAGCAGCUUUCCAAGGGACCUGUGUGGAAUUAAAUACCAUGAUAUUUCUGUUGUCUUUCCUCCCCUCCCCCCCUUUAUGUAUAUAUAACUAUAUCUAUAUGUAUUCCUUAAAUCUGAGACCAGCUCUAAAAACUGAUCGCAGAAGAAUCACAGAGAAGAUUAAACUCUCUUCUUCUGGGGCAGCUAAUGCCUUAAAAUUGCCUUACAUUUGUAUAGUGCGUUACACUUUGCAGAGUAAGUUUCUAUUUAUAGUAUCCCAUUUGAUCCUCACAAACAGGUAGGCCUCAGAGGUGUGGAGGGCAAGGAUUAUUGUCCCCACUUUUUAAAAAACAAGUGAGGAAGUCAUAGCUUAGACAGACCAAGCUCACACAGUGGUAAUAAGCAGUAGAGGUGAGAGUACAGCUCUGACUCCAAGUCAGCUCCCCUGUGGAGUGUUAAAUGUCAUACAGGAUGGUCUGGUUUAGUUGGGGAGGAGGAGAGGGAAGGGAAGGUUGGAUAUUUUAAGGUUUCAUUUCUUGCCUUUGUUAUCCUUCAAAUGGAAGAAGGAUCAUGGGUCUUGUUUUGUGGCUUAAAAGUUACUGACCUAUAACAAAUGUCAAAUUAUCCCCUCAUCCUACACCUUCUCUAUUGGCCCACUACUUAAUCUCCAGCUCUUCUUCCCUCCCUCCCCAGUCUUCUCUGAACUGUAUAACUCACACUCUUUUUUCAAAGGGAAUUGUUGCUGCUUAGAGCUAGGAGCUGACAGAGCAGCACUUCCAAGUCCAGGGGGAGAAAAACACAUUUAUUUUGUAUACAUGGGUUUUGGCGGGUUUUUUAAUGGUGUUUUCUCCUUUAGGGUUGCUAGCCAACUGAGUGAGAAUUGACCAAGCAGUCAGAUUCCAUUUCGGGCUUUUGAAUUGAAAUGAGAAAAACACUCCUCUAUCUCUGCUUGACUGCCUCCUUCCUGAUUCUCACACAGCUCCUUUCCUUCUAUUACAAAGACUGGGUCUUGAUUAGAAUUCAUGCUGAACAAAUCCAUUUUAUUCAAUAAAAUUAGCUGAGCACUUGUCAGGGACCCAGAGAAAAGAUCUAGAUUAAACACACACACACACACACACAUACACACACACACACACACAUACACACACACACACACACACACACAGAUUCGUUGUAGGCAGACAAACAAGCUGAGGUGACAUUCACCUGAUGCUUUUAAAAGCCAUCCAACAUCAUGUCUAGGUAAUUGCAGAAGGACCCCUAUAAGGUGGAUAAGGAAAUGAGGCUGGGCCAUUUCUCAUCCUUUUCAAGCUCUAGUCUCUAUGCAUCAUUUCAGAGCUAUUUCUCAGCUUUGCUGGCAAUGAGAAGAAAUUCCAGACAAUUUCUUUCCUUAAUUUUUUAAUAUUGAGAGCAUCUCAGUUCCCAGUAGGGUUUGCAAGGAUAACUAAAUA